AUGCGACGUCAUUGGAUGCGCCUGCAAUUUUGCACUGCUAAGCAUGUAGAGGGAGCAAGCAACAUGAGCCUGCGCAGGCCAAGAGCGAAGUCGUUUGGCAUGUGUACAGCUGAGGCUAGAAGAUGGACCGCCAACGAGCUUCGACAAGAAUCUAGCCAGUAUAUCUCAACAAAUCACGAGAGAAGCUGCGGCCGCAUCAUUGGCGAAGGUGAUGUUGACGAGGUGUUCGGAGAGAUUGAAGAAAGCGACGAAAAAGAACACGAAGAUGAGAAAAGGAAAAAUAACUGGUGCCGCGAAUGA